UUAACCCCUUUGCGCCGGACCCUCCCGGCCCUUUAAGGGUUUCAGAAGCCAGGGCAGGGUUUAGGGUCAUGUGACCGCCAUCACCGGUCACAUGAUCGGGAAAGGUCCCGAUCAAAAGAGCAGACCAGGACCUUUCCGUGAGUACCGCACGUGUGUGCUGGGAGCGCGCAGGGCGCGUGCUCUCAGCACAUAUGUUUUUUGUUACAUGAACGCAAAUGUGCGGCCGCUCGGCGUCUAGGCCCAGACGUAGGGAGGCCACACAUUUGCGUGCGGCCGGCGUGAAGGGGUUAA